AUGAUUCCAGCACAACGAAACAAGGUUGACAUCAACUCCUUAACCGAGGAAGAACAAAAAUUGUUCCGCCUCUAUGGUAAACUUCCAAACCGUAAAGAUGUGAUCAGAAACAAGAUCACAGAACGAAAAUUUUUCGAUUCAGGCGAUUAUGCUUUAUCAAAAGCAGGUAGAGCACCUCAACAAUCCGUAGGAACGGCAAUUCCGAAUCCUGAAACGAUUCCUCAUGCUUCAACCGUAAGCUCACCACCGAAUUGUACGGCAGCCCCUUCAAGCUUGAGCAUGGGAGCUGGCUCCGUUCCUGUCGCUGUACCUGGCGCCCAAGGCUUAGGUCGUAGUCCACCACAAGUGAGCACAUUCCCAACGGCUACCGGUAAUGGUCCAGCAGGUAGUCCUGCCAAGGAAAGCAGUUCUCUCGGCCGUCAAGAAAUUGCCGCUGAAGAUCUCAUGGAGGAAUAA